GCUGGUGUGCUUUGCCUUUGUGUGCGUUCGAGGACUGUUUUUGGGUGAUUUUGUUAUCUUUGAGACAGACAUUUGCUGUUCUGAACUGAGAUUUUGUGCUGCUCUUCUUGUUGCUCGUUGAACUGGGACGAGGAACAACUGAGUGAAGCCACAGCCAAAACCCAGAAAACAAAAAUCUUCGCUACACCCGGCGCCUUUGUUCUUUUGUUCCUUGUCUCUUUCUCCAAUAAUGUUUUGUUUUGUGGUUUGAUCCGUUUCAUGUGAUCUCCGCCUCGUUUCCUCAACUGGGUCCUCGUAGGUUUUGAUGAGGAAUUGCAAAAGUUGAGCGCUUUCUUGUGUGUUUGUUUUUUUCUGGGUUUUAUAGCGCUCCAGUUUUCUGCCCUUGUCAAGUGGUGCGAUUCUGGGUUUUGAAGAAGGUUGGUUUUUUGGUUGGAUGGUUUGGGGAUUUUGUCGGUGCUUGGAUGAGAAGUGGGUUUAGGCGUUUAGGGUUCGUCCUCCAAGAUGGUAUUAAGCGGCGAGAAUGGUAAUUUGAAGUCUCCAUCUCGUCUCGAGUUUCAAUCUAAAGGAAAGAAGAAGAAAGAGAAGAAGAAGAAAAAGAAGCAGAGGAAGGACAGUGGUGGCGUCUCUGGCUUCGCUGAGGACUGUAUUCAAGAGUCGGACCCAGGUUGCUGGCUGCAAUGGAGGCUUCUAGGCAGCUGCAUUUCUUCAAGAUCCAAGAUCGAUAGUUCUGUUAGUGGGCACAGCACUAGUUAUGCUGAAAGUAAAUCUACAAUUGACACUAGCAAAGACCAGCCGACUGCUCCCAUCGUCCCAUCUACAACAACAAGUAAUACCGAAAGCCAUUCAUCUACUUCCAAACUAGAGGAGGAGCUUAAAGUUGCUUCUCGGUUGCGAAAGUUCACUUUCAAUGAUCUGAAGUUAGCAACAAGGAAUUUCAGACCUGAGAGCCUUCUUGGCGAGGGCGGCUUUGGUUGUGUGUUUAAAGGUUGGAUUGAAGAGAAUGGAACUGCUCCGGUGAAACCUGGCACAGGGCUUACUGUUGCUGUUAAGACCCUUAAUCAUGAUGGACUUCAGGGUCAUAAAGAAUGGCUGGCUGAAGUGAAUUAUCUAGGUGAUCUUGUACAUCCCAACUUGGUUAAGCUUAUUGGUUAUUGCAUUGAAGAUGAUCAAAGGCUUUUGGUUUAUGAGUUCAUGCCGCGAGGAAGCUUGGAGAAUCACUUAUUUAGAAUUCCCUCUAAUAGAAGUGCAUUGUUCCCAGGGUCUUUGCCUCUUCCGUGGUCCAUAAGGAUGAAAAUUGCGCUUGGUGCUGCAAAGGGCCUUGCAUUUCUUCACGAAGAAGCAGAAAGACCAGUUAUUUAUCGCGACUUCAAAACUUCAAAUAUCCUUUUGGAUGCGGACUAUAAUGCAAAACUCUCUGACUUUGGACUAGCGAAAGAUGGUCCUGAAGGAGACAAGACUCAUGUGUCAACUCGUGUCAUGGGGACUUAUGGUUAUGCUGCACCUGAGUAUGUAAUGACAGGACAUCUGACAUCAAGAAGCGAUGUCUACAGCUUCGGAGUGGUGUUGCUUGAAAUGAUUACUGGCAGAAGAUCGAUGGACAAGAACCGGCCAAAUGGAGAGCAUAAUCUGGUAGAAUGGGCGAGGCCACAUCUUGGAGAGAGGAGGAGGUUUUAUCGACUGAUAGACCCUCGGCUAGAAGGCCAUUUCUCCAUAAAGGGUGCCCAGAAAGCUGCCCAGCUAGCUGCUCACUGCCUAAGCCGUGAUCCAAAAGCUAGGCCACUGAUGAGUGAAGUUGUGGAGGUUCUGAAGCCUCUGCCGAAUCUAAAAGACAUGGCAAGCUCAUCGUAUUACUUCCAGACAAUGCAAGCUGAGAGAAUGGCAGCAGCGAGUCCUAAUUCCAAAAAUGGCAUGCGGACAACACAGCCAGGUCUAUUGUCUCGAAAUGGGCAUCAACCAAGAAGUCUUUCGAUACCUAAUGGAUCACAUGCUUCUCCUUACCAUCAUCAACAUCCUCAUCAUCAUCAGUCCCCUAAACCCAAUGGCAAACACUAGAUCAGAGUUCGGUAGUAGUUAUCUCCAUCUUGUUUGUCUUUCCCGCCUCCUUCUCCGUAGAGAUGUAUCUCCCCGUGAAAUCAUUUGUUCUUGAACAACUGAAAUAUGGAAAGAAGGCAACUUUUGUGUUUUAGAGUGAUGGUAUCUCCCAGCAGGUGGACAAUGUUGUAGGUCAUGUGGAAGCUUGUUGAAGCAAAAUGCAUUAAGAAAGUUUGUAGUUGUGCUACUCUGUUUGGAAUGCAAAGAUAUUAUCACAACCCAUCUAACC